GGAGCCAAAGCAUCCGGAAAGAGAUAUUUGCUCCGGCACUCGGUCAACUUGUCGGUGGUGGUGCGAGGCACCAAAUCAUAGACCCAUGUCGGAGCACGCUGAUCUGUCGUUUUUGGAGAGUCAUUCCGAUGUGCUGGAGUCGCUUCCGGCCGAAGUCAGGCGGAUGUUACUGCAUAUCAAAGAGCAGGAUCGGUUGAUCCAAGAUGUGCUUUGCCAAGUGCGACUCGAUCUGGAUGAGUAUUCCCAGCGGGUCGAUGAAGCCAGCCCAUCCACCCCAUUGAGCGACACGGACCGGACGAAGAAGGCCACGGAGAUCUGCCGACAGCUUUCGGUCCCCGUCGAGCGAACCCACGAAAAGUUUGCACUGGCGAGUCAAAUCUACGAUCUUGUCGAUCGCCAUAUCCGGAAACUGGACGAUGACAUCUCCAAGCUCGAAGACUCGCAGAUGAUCGGUCCGGCGAUCAAGCUUGGGGGUGAAGCGAGGACGCCAACCUCCGAGGAGAAAGCAAAGCCAUCCGAGAAGAAGAAGCGAAAGCAAGGGCCCUCCGAGGAGCCGACAAGCCCACCCAGGUCCAGAUCCAAGCCCAGCCAGCCGGCCCCAAAGGACUUCAAAGUCAAUCCUCUAGAGGGGCUCGAGAUCAAUCCUGACGAGCCCAAGUACUGUAUCUGUCGCCAAGUGUCCUACGGGAUCAUGCUGGGAUGCGACAACGACGAUUGUCCAUACGAAUGGUUCCAUAUGGGAUGCCUGAAUCUGAAGGAGCCGCCACCAAAAGGACAGAAGUGGUACUGCGAGCACUGUGCCAAUGCCCGCCGCAAAGAUACCAAAUAGACAGCUUCCACAUCGAC